AUGACCGGCGGAACCAAUUCUCAGGAGCAACUUCGUAUUGAAAACUCGACUCUUAAGGCGCCUCCCAGCAGUAUACCUUCCUCUCCAUCCGGCCUCGAACAACCCGAGGUCGACGAAUUCGGUUUACCAAAAAGACCGGUGAGCAGGCCACGUCGUGAUGAGUCCGAUGACAGUGGAGAUGAGAGCGACACUUUCCACGAUGUCGAAGGGUUCGAUGGCAAAAGCACUGUGCAAGAUAAUGGAAGUACCGAGCGGGACGAAGUGGUAAUAAACUCGGAUGAGCGCAGGGGGCGACCAGGCGAAGAGGUGGACGUUCCCACUCACGCGACUGGACACUCAGAAGAUGGUGAAGGAGACAGGGGGAGGGUGCGGGAAGAUGGGGACCCCGAGGACAAACCUGCGCUGCCGGUCACUGAAGAUGUCAUCGCAGCAGCAGCCAAGUCGGCAGCUCCAGAGACGGAUCAAGAACCCGCGUCAGACAAGACUUCGGCCCCCCGGGAUUCUCAACUUUCGUCCACUACUGUCAUCCCAAAACGAGAGCAUCGUACAAUUGCUCCUACGGUCUCUGAAUGGUCUCAUCAAAGACAAGUGGCAGGAGCUCAGCCAGCUGACGACGAUGAAGAAGAGGAGGAGGAGGAGGAGGAGGAAGAGGAGUGGCAAGCGAUGCGGGCUCUGGACGAGUUCGACGUCUAUGAUGACGACGGUCGGCUCAUCGCCAAGGGGAACAGGCAAACGGAAGAAGAGAUGAAUCCCUAUGCCGGGAUCGGAGGGGCGGGCAAAGGAUAUACAAGGGUGCAGCUGGACGAAGAUGCACAGUCUGCCACUAGUUUGGACGAGGAGACCAACUAUCUAUUCCAAAAUGGCCGAAAACCAACAGAACCAGAUAUCGAGCACGACCAAGAAGAAGACCAGAGAGACGCUGUUACCCAACUAGAAGCUACAAAGGAUCUGCUGACUGAAGGCCAGCGCAUAGCCUAUGUUGGCGUGGUCCGCCUGACGAUUCACAAAAUGUCUGAGGCCCUGGCUGAUAUGGAAAAAACCAAAGCCACCAGGAAGGAAACCAUGAAGGCCGUGGAAAGCAUGGACAUGUGGGGACAGAAAAUGAUGCUGCGUCUCUAUACCCACAUGGACAUCAACCAGGCGGAGCAGAUCAUGAUUGAACAACUUGCCGAACAUGGGGUGCAGCCAUCAGAUCUGGUCAGUCCGCUGAUGGUCAAUGCCAGGGUCAAAAAUCCGAUGGCCAGCGAUGAGCCCAAGAUGUCCGCAAACGGGGACUCAACAGUCUCUCGUUCCUCUCUCAGGAGCAGUGACGAGACUCUGGAGGACAUCAAGGAUGAAGAGGCAGUUCCGGAAGUACACGGCCCGCAAGACAUGCCGCACACCAAACAGAUCGAUCUUGAUCUUCGUUGGACCGUCCUCUGCGACCUGUUUCUGGUCCUGAUCUCUGACAGUGUAUACGAUGCUCGAUCCAGGCGACUGCUGGAGAGAGUUGCCUCGACCAUGGACAUUAACUGGGCCCAGAUCUGUCGGUUUGAGAAAAGAGUGAUUGAUGCCUUGGAAAUGCAAGAGGCAGAAACGCAAGAGAGUUGGGACGAGUCCGCCAACAUGGAAAAAAGACGCAAGCUGGGUCUAAAGCGCAGAUACAUGGUCAUGGGCCUCGCAACUGUCGGCGGCGGUCUAGUCAUUGGGCUCUCGGCGGGAUUGCUGGCGCCUGUCAUCGGGGCAGGUCUCGCUGCUGGCUUCACGACCAUCGGUGUCACAGGUACUGCCGGAUUCCUGGGCGGAGUCGGCGGAGCUGCUUUGAUCACCUCGGCGGCCACGGCGGCUGGUGGUACCAUUGCCGUUCGGGCAUCGGACCGGCGGACAGGCCACGUCAAAACUUUCGAAUACCGCCCCCUGCACAAUAACAAGCGACUCAACCUGAUUCUGACCAUUUCUGGUUGGAUGAAUGGCAAGGUUGACGACGUCCGACUGCCUUACAGCACCAUCGACCCCAUCAUGGGUGAUAUUUAUUCUUUGCUGUGGGAGCCGGAAAUGCUCCAAUCGAUGGGUGACACCAUCAACAUCCUCGCAACCGAGGCCUUGACGCAAACCGUCCAGCAGGUCCUCGGCAGUACCAUUCUGGUGGCUCUCAUGGCGUCGAUCCAGCUUCCGGUGGUGCUUUCCAAAUUAGCGUACUUGAUCGACAACCCUUGGAGUGUUUCUUUGGAUCGGGCCAACUCUGCUGGGCUCAUUUUGGCGGAUUCUCUCAUGGACCGACAUCUGGGCCAAAGGCCCAUCACCUUGGUUGGAUUUUCUCUCGGGUCCAGGGUCAUUUUCUCUUGUCUGAAAGAAUUAUCGCGACGAGGAGGGUACGGCUUGGUGCAAAAUGUGUAUCUGUUCGGUUCGCCGGUGGUAGCCAAAAAGGAUGAUUACCUACGCGCCCGCUCGGUGGUGUCUGGCCGAUUUCUCAACGGCUAUGCGUCCAAUGACUGGAUUCUAGGCUACCUCUUCCGCGCGACAUCCGGCGGGAUCAUGCGUGUCGCGGGUCUUGCGCCGGUGGAAGGUAUUCCAGGUGUCGAAAACCUCGACGUCAGCAAACUUGUGAAUGGCCAUAUGGCUUAUCGUGCUGCCAUGCCGCGUCUGAUGCGAGAAGUAGGUUGGGAAGUGGAGAGCGAUGAGUUUACCGAGAUUGAGGAUCCAGACCCUGAAAAUCACGCACAACGGCAGCGACAACUCAUCCAGGAAAUAGACGAUGCCCGAAGGAGGGCCGAGGGAAAGCCCGAGAAGAAGCGUUUCGGACUCUUCAAAAGGAGCAAGAUGGUGGAGAAGCGAGGCUGGGAAACGUACACUCAGAACAACGCGCCCCAGACGAAGACCAACAGCGUCCACAAAGAGUCAAGCUUCGCGGUGGACGGGAACGUGUUGUUUGACAUUGACGCGAUUCGCAAAGAGCUCGAGAGUGAAAUGAUCGAAGUGAGGGAGUUGGAUAGCACGUUACCGCCGAUGCAGAUCACCUCGAUCCAGAAUGGAGAAAAGCAUGUGGAAUAUCUCCGACUGCCACCGGACUUGAAGCCUGAGGAAGUGGCCAGGAUGAACCUCCCCCCGCGCCCUGAUGAGGUUGACGUGGAUUUCAACCCGGCACGCCCUUCCCCGGUGCGGUCGGCCAGGAAAUCGUCUCUGAGGCCGACCUCGAUUGCCUCUCCGCGGCUAAGUCCCGGGCUAAGUCCACACCGGUCACCGCAGCUUUCUCCAGACCCAAGUCGGCGAUCAUCCUACACGUAUUCGGAGCCGAGGGAGCUGGUCAGCACGUUGCCACCCCUGAGUCUAACACCCGUACCAUCCCCACGGACCGAGAGCCUCAAGGGUUCUACCAAUGUACGACCCGAGCUGAAAGCACACGCGAGCGAGCCUCCUCUAUCAAACUGGAGUCGACAGAGCUUGACCUCUAGUCCUGAUCUCCCCCAAACGAUGGCGAGCUUGAAUCUGGAGCACAACGCCUGGGCAGACGACGACGAUUCUGGGCCGGGACACGGCGAAAUCAAGAUGACGUUUGAAUAA